UUUUAUUUCUCUAGAACAAGCCUCUGCCGGUCAAAUACGCGGCAAUACACGCCAUGUGCUCAUACAUGCGGAGAGUGCGCUCGGUCGAGUUGCGUGAGCGGAUCGCCAAAAUACUCUGCGAUCUCAAGAGCUCGCCGUCAUAUCACAUCCGCAUGCUCUUCUUGGAUGCCGUACAAACUGCUCUGGACUUGUGCUCCCAAAAAAUGGUUCGAAGUACCGUCUUUCGAGAUUACUGUGACAUGGCACGAGACCCUGUCUCAAACAUCCGGCUCCGAGUGUGUGCCAUGGUACCAGACAUGCGCCGGACGCUACGAACGCCCCAGGACUCGGUUUUAAUCAGCGAGCUCAGCGAGUGCGCUGGAUUCCUGCUCGGGGAUGUCGCAAGGGAUAUCAAGGAGCUCGCCAAUGAAGUUGUUGCUCGGUUCCAAGAUCAAAGGAAGGUUGUGGGUGGAGGAUAUCUUACCACAGAUGGUCCCUCGCCAGGUCAGAGCAAAGAAGAUCGGGAUCGGGAGAUGGAAGAAGAUCGGGCUAUCAAUAUCGCUUCCGAGUUGCAGGAUGGACCAAGGAAGAGUAUGACCGAUGAGGACCGCGGUGACCUUCGCUCCAAAGUGCAAAAGCUGUCCGUCUCUGCGGCUGUCCCCAAUCCGCCGCGUCGACUGUCUGUUAGUGCGAGCGGUGCCGGCGCUGGAUCAAGUCUCCUCAAUGCAGGGUCCAAACUGACGGCGCGACAAAAGAAUCUCUCCAGCUCGACACCCAUCAAUGCUUCGCCAGCCAGGAUUCCGAUCGAUGCAACCGACGGCUACCUCUCGCAGAUUCUGGCCUACACCAGUCGAUCCACACGGCCACACGAAACAAAUCCACCCAAAGACACCAAGCAAGUUCCAAAAUCACAACUACCGUUGGGCCCCGUUCAAAAGAUCGUCCGGAGAACGACGGCAGGAAAGUCGUUUGAGAAGGAUGCGGCACCAGAGAAGAUCCUGCCGGCGUCACUGGGUAAGUCGGUGCUCAUUGGGGGCCCCUCAGCUCUUGGCCAUCCAGGCCCGUCGCAUGCCCUUCGACUUUCCAACGGAUCGCUUGCGUGCUCAGGGUCACCCGAGGCCACACCUUCACUUGCUCCAACAAUGCCACUGAGGACUGGCGGAACUCAUAGCGAUGCUGGGCCCGUGCGUCCCGUUUCGGCAACCUCAAAAUCAGGAAGCGAAACGUCCAAACCGCCGGUCAGCUCUGCACCAAAUCCUUCUCCCUCCACGCUAUCAUCAAGCGGCGCAGCGGGUCGCCGCCUGGGAGGAAGCCUUAUGGGAAACAAGGACUUUGGGUCUGGGUCGACAUUGCAAGGAGGGCCCGGCAAAGGCACAGCCGGAGCCAGCAGCCGGGAUGUCAGUGCAAUUUCUGCGCCUGCCUCAGCAAAUGCCGGGUCCUUACGCAGCGGGACGGUUCGCGGACCGAGCUGGUGCAAACAGCUUCCUCCGAUACCCAAAUCUCCAAACUGAGCGUGGGAACAGCUCCACUCAUUGUCUGGGUAGGGCGGAGCGAAGUCUGGAAGUGCGAGUAUGCAGGAUCCGGAAAUAUAUUACGCUUUAGACGUGAGCAUACGAGA